CCCAGGAGCCGCCGGAGCCUUUGUCUCUUGCCGCAGCGGCGCGGCGGUGGCGGUGUUGCCCGCUUUCUCCCCGGCGGAGGGAGGGCAGGUGGCUGUGCCGCAGCGUCCGCCGCCCUGUGACCUGCGGGGACUGGGAGAUCUGCAGGGAGGAUGCCGGGACAUCGCGGAAGCCGGGAGAUGGAACUGUUGACAUUCAGGGAUGUGUCCAUAGAAUUCUCCUUGGAGGAGUGGGAUUGCCUGGACCCUGCUCAGUGGAAUUUGUAUAGGGAUGUGAUGUUAGAGAACUACAGAAACCUGUUCUCCCUGGGUCUUGCAGCCUCUAAGCCAGACCUGAUCACCUGUCUGGAGCAAAGGAAAGAGCCCUGGAAGGUGAAGAGACAUGAGACAGUAGCAGAACACCCAGCUAUGUCUUCUCAUUCCACCCAAGAGUGUUUGCCAGAGCAGCACAUAAAUGUUGUAUUCCAAAAAGUGAUACUGAGAAGAUAUGGAAGCUGUGGCCUUGAGAAUGUGAACUUAAAGGACUGGAAAAGUGUAGGUGAGUGUAAGGAGCAGAAAGGAUGUUAUCAUGGACUUAACCAAUGCUCAAAAACUACUCAGAGCAAAAUCUUCCAAUGUAAUAAAUGUUUGAAAGUCUUCAGAAAAUUGUCAAAUCUAAAUAGACAUAAGAUGAGACAUACUGUAGAGAAAUCUUUUAAAUGUAAAGAACAUGAGAAAGCCUUUAAACAAUGCUCACAUAUUACUGAACGUAAGAGAAUUUAUGAUGGAAAGAAAUGUUACAAAUGUGAAGAAUGUGGCAAAGUCUUUAAUCAGUGCUCCUACCUUACUAAACAUAAGAGAAUUCAUACUGGAGAGAAACCCUACAAAUGUGAAAAAUGUGGCAAAGCCUUUAAUCAGUGCUCAUACCUUACCAAACAUGAGAGAAUCCAUACUGGAGAGAAACCCUACAAAUGUGAAGAAUGUGGCAAAGCCUUUAAUCAGUGCUCAUACCUUACCAAACAUGAGAGAAUUCAUACUGGAGAGAAACCCUACAAAUGUGAAGAAUGUGGCAAAUCUUUUAACCGGUGCUCACACCUUACUAUACAUAAGCGAAUUCAUACCAGAGAAAAACCCUAUGAAUGUGAAGAAUGUGGCAAAGCCUUUAAUCAAUGCUCAUACCUUACUAAACAUAAGAGAAUUCACAUCGGAGAGAAACCCUACAAAUGUGAAGAAUGUGGCAAAGCCUUUCACUGGUACUCAGACCUUACUAUACAUAAAAGAAUUCAUACAGGAGAAAAACCCUACAAAUGUGAAGAAUGUGGCAAAGCCUUUAAUCAGUUCUCAUAUCUUACUAAACAUAAAAGAAUUCAUACUGGAGAGAAACCCUACAAAUGUGAAGAAUGUGGCAAAGCCUUUCACUGGUACUCAGACCUCUCUGUACAUAAAAGAAUUCAUACAGGAGAGAAACCCUACAAAUGUGAACAAUGUGGCAAAGCCUUUAAUACAUGCUCAUACCUUACUAAACAUAAAAGAAUUCAUACAGGAGAGAAACCCUACAAAUGUGAACAGUGUGGCACAGCCUUUAACCAGUGCUCAUACCUUACUGCACAUAAGAUAGUUCAUACAGGAGAUAAACCCUACAAAUGUGGAGAAUGUGGCAAAGCCUUUAGCCAGUGCUCAUACCUUACUGCACAUAAGAGAAUUCAUACUGGAGAGAAACCCUACAAAUGUGAGGAAUGUGGCAAAGCCUUUAAUUGGUGCUCAGAUCUUACUAUGCAUAAGAGAAUUCAUACCAGAGAAAAAUCUUAAGAAUGUAAAGAAUGUGGCAAAGCUUUUAUCCAGUACUCACCUUUCUGUGUAUAAGAGAAUUCCUACAGGAGAGAGACCCUACAAAUGGAAAGCCUUUAAUAAAUGUUUGUUCACAUAUUACUCAACAUCAGAGAGUCAUACUGGGUACAAGUUAUAUAAAUUUAACAACUGUCAAAGUACCUUUCAGAAAAUAAAAGUCGGCCGGGCGCGGUGGCUCACGCCUGUAAUCCUAGCACUCUGGGAGGCUGAGGCGGGUG